AUAAGCAAGCCGGUGGUUGUUGCUUACGAGUCGCGUUUCCUUACUUGCAUUAUCGCCCGUCGGUCGCACACCCAACCUACCGUCGGUCAACGAACGAUCCGACGAUGGACGCCAGCUCCCCCCAGAACGACGGCGUCCUCCUCCUCCCGGAGGUCCUCCUCCUCCGCCCCUCCGCCCUCGCCCUCCCCUUCACCGCCGGCCUCGGGGCCCACUUCCGCCUCCUCGACCCGCUCGACUCGCCGGAGCCCGCCCGCUCCUUCCUCUCCAGCCGCUGCCGCGCCGUCCGCGCCCUCCUCUGCCUCUUCUCCCCGGCCCUCCCCGUCAAGGCCGAGACCCUCGACCUCCUCCCUUCCCUCGAGCUCGUCGUCGUCUCCAGCGCGGGGCUCGAGCACGUGGACCUCCCCUACUGCCGCCGGCGCGGGAUCGCCGUCACGAACGCCAGCGCCGCGUUCUGCGAGGACGGGGCCGACUACGCGGUGGGGUUGCUGAUCGACGUGAUGCGACGGGUUUCGCACGGCGACCGGUUCGUCCGGGCCGGGUCGUGGCCGGUCCAGGGGGAGCUCCCCCUCGGUUUCAAGUUAGGGGGAAAAAGGGUUGGCAUUGUUGGGCUUGGAAGUAUUGGCUCCGAGACUGCGAAACGGCUGGCAUCUUUUGGAUGCAACAUUGCCUACUACUCAAGAAAAGAAAGACUGCACGUUCCAUACACUUACUAUGCAAAUGUCCAUGACCUUGCAGCAAAUAGCAACAUUCUUGUUCUCUGCUGUGCGCUGACAGAAGAUACUCGCCACAUAAUCAACAAGGAUGUAAUGUCGGCACUUGGGAAUGAAGGCAUAAUCAUAAAUGUUGGGCGCGGGGCUCUGGUGGAUGAGAAAGAGUUGGUGCAGCGGUUGGUGCGAGGUGAGAUUGGUGGGGCCGGCCUCGAUGUGUUUGAGCACGAGCCCAAGGUGCCGGAUGAGCUGUUUGUGAUGGACAAAGUUGUGCUCUCUCCACAUCGCGCCGUCUUCACCCCAGAAUCUUUAGAAGGAGUGCAGGAACUCAUAAUCGGCAACCUGAAAGCUUUCUUUUCAAAUGAACCUUUGAGGUCACUAGUGCAAUAUGAAUGAUGGGGCAAUGUAAUGAGCACAAUUAUGAAGAAAUGCUCUUUCUUGCCCCAGUUUUGUUGUCAACAGCUGAUGGGAGUGUUACUGCCAUUUAUAUAUGCUUGAAUAAACUAGCAAUAUUCUUUUGAAACAAAGGGUGUGCUGUUUAAGGCUAUCAUGCUUUUUCAUCGAUGGCAAGCCAUCGAUGGGAAAUAGGAUCUUUAUCUAAAUACCGUCUGUCAACCAAUUUCUUGGAAAUUCAGUUUCUGUUAAUUGAAUAUGUCAAAUAUCCGUUUGGGAUGA